AUGGUUGUGUAUGAUUCAUCGGUUGGUGUGCCGCCGCUGCCGUUGAAUCGUCGCAAGACCGAGCCGAAACGGAAAACGGUUCGAUUGCACACCACCGACGAUGGCGGCCAGGCGAUGAGAGAUAGGGCGUUCUCAAUGUAUACGGUGUCUUCCGACAUUCUUCGGGUUUCCGGUUACACUCAACAAUUUCGGAGUUUGUUGACGGCGCGAUUCACACCACGACGCGAGUCGGUGCCGAAUGUCUCGAUCGAUCGCGAGAACGAGAAGCUGACCGAUGCGCCGCACCGCGAGUCGUCAUCGUCGCAGCGUCACACUGCGCUCGAUGUCGUCGGCGCCGUCGACGUCGAACGGCGCCGCCGCCGCCGUCAGACAACAUCUGCGGCGUUCAACGUUGACGCCGAACUCGAGCGCGCUGAUGGCGUUGUCGCAAUUCGAUCGCCGACGAUUCAGCACCAUCGAUGGGCCGAUUGCGCCGCGCAAAACGAGCAUCACCAAAUACAGCGAUCCAAAGCAGAUUAUCCACAUAUUCAGCAACCCGUGUGA